ACAGCCAUGACUACCUUUCCUAUUCUUUUAUUACCCCCAAAAUGUCUACAUCACACACUGAAAAGUAUGAAGCAUAUGGAUUUCAUCUACUUCUCAUUUGCGUCGAAAAAGUGCAUGAAUCAUGCAAUAGAUGUAAAUAUCAAAACAACUAGUCUAAACAUGGGAUGUAUACAGAGCCCCGACUAUAUAGUAGUUGAAGCCACAUUCAAAGACAGACAGUCUGCAGGAUUCCAUGUUAAUACUGAUAUGCACCUGACUGCUGGAGGAGAUCGAGAUUGCUCGGAACAAAUUUCACCGAUGGAAACAACAUAUAAUGCUGAUGGACGUCUAAUGAGAUCGGCACCUGAAUAUCGAAAAAUGCCGAAGAUCACACUUCACGAACUGAUUGAGCAUUUUCUAGUUUUAGUCCAUAGGCCCAGAAUCCAAUAUCUGAGUUUUAAAAACUGUAUGUUGGAUUUAAAUUCAAUCAGUGAGAUAUUCAAAGGAUUCCCUAUAGGAAUAUUGAACAUUUCUGCUGAAAGAUACGAUUCCAAUGAGAAUACGUUCUACAGUCAGAUUUUACACAAUUUUGCGGACCAAACGGAACAAUUUGCUAUCGAAUACGGUGGAAUAUUUCACAACAGACAGCAGAUUCACGAGCUAUUGGCCAGAGAUCUUCAUUGUGUAGUGUUCACAAAAAUGGCGCCUUCUUCCUUGCAAAUAGUAAACGCUACACGUAUUGUACUAGAUUUUCAAGUUGAACCCCAAUUUCUGAACGAAUUCAUAAAACUCUGGCAGCGAGGUUCCAACCCCAGGAUGAAAUAUUUUCAGGCUAGAGUUGAUGUUAAAAAUGAACAAUGCGGAUCACAAAUACUCAAUGGAGUUGAGACAUUUUCCUUCGAGGAAUAUGGUAGAAGAGCCAAGGGAAAAACAGCCAGGAUUUUUUUGAGGAAGAAUGGAUUGUUUAAAAUGUAUGUUGGUGUUUGAUUUGAUUUUCUAUUAAUAAAGUAUAAAAAUGAAUAA